AUGGCGUACCAGCCGCAGCAACGACAAGAUCAGCAGCAGCAGCAGCAGCAGCAAGACAGCCGCAAUCCGAAUCGCCUCCAGCUGAACUUUGGCUACAACAAUGGAGCCAACUUUGCCGCCGAGUCGGGUCGACAAUUCCCUACCACGCCAUCCACGUUUCCGCAGCCGUUUCCGAAUGCCGCGGGGCAGCAAGAAGUUUGGGGAACUCAGCAGACGAGUGGGAUAAACAACCAAGGGUACUUUUACAACACCCCAAACGCAAACGCCUACCCUCAGCAGCAGUACAGCAACCCAGGAACCCCUGGCGGCUACCGCUCACCGGCGGGUCACAGCGAUGUCACCAACGGACUUGCUCACCAGUUCCAGCAUCAGAACUUGGGCGGUAACACACCUCGCUCAGGGAGUCCAUACGGCAGACAGCCAUCGCCGGCGACCGCUGGGCGGCCUCGCACGGCUGGUGCCACUGGCCAGGCGCAAUACAACAACAACAGCUACCUCAACACACCCGUGCCAGCAAUGCCACAAUCGUCUAACAUCUACGAAGAGGAGCCGCCUGCCAAGAACGCGGAAAAGUAUUCGAGCACGGUGGCGGACCGGGUCAAGCUGCAGAAGAUGCUCACCCAGGAGUUCUUCAAGGAAAAUGUCGAGCGAGCUCGUGCCAGGAACGAAAGGUGCAAAGAGCUUGAAGCCAUCAUGAAUGACCCUGCUCUGUCAGCAACACGCAAGGAGAGCAAAACCAACAGCAUGCGUCGGUCCGAGGCCAACUUUCUGCGAUUCUUGCGAACCCAUGAGAGACCCCAGAACUACAACACCCUCAAGAUCAUUGGCAAGGGUGCCUUUGGUGAGGUCCGACUCGUCCAGAGGAAGAAUGACGGAAAAAUAUACGCACUCAAGUCACUCAUCAAGCAGGAAAUGCACAAAAAGGAUCAACUUGCCCACGUUCGCGCCGAGCGUGACAUCUUGGCCAACGCCGACAGCCCUUGGCUUGUCAAGCUACACACGUCUUUCCAGGACAACACUUUCUUGUACAUGCUCAUGGAGUUUCUGCCUGGUGGUGACUUGAUGACUAUGUUGAUCAAGUAUGAAAUCUUCUCCGAAGAUAUCACGAGGUUCUACAUGGCGGAAAUAACCCUAGCAAUUGAAGCUGUCCACAAGUUGGGAUUCAUACAUCGUGACAUCAAACCGGACAACAUUCUCUUGGACCGUGGAGGCCACAUCAAGCUGACCGAUUUCGGUCUUUCCACCGGCUUUUCCAAGGAGCACUCGGCCUCUUACUACCAGCAGCUGAUGUCCCAAACGAAGCCCAAGUCAUUGGCACAGAACCGCAACAGCGUAUCGCUCGACCAGAUUCAGCUCACUGUCUCGAACCGUGCCCAAGUCAACACAUGGCGAAAGUCUCGGCGACAGUUGGCAUACUCCACCGUUGGCACGCCCGAUUACAUCGCACCUGAGAUCUUCAGUGGCAAGGGAUACGACUUCGGAUGYGACUGGUGGAGCGUCGGCACCAUCAUGUUCGAGUGCUUGAUCGGAUGGCCGCCGUUCUGUGCCGAGGAGCCACACGACACUUACCGCAAGAUUGUUGAUUGGCCCAGGCACUUGAGCUUCCCGGCAGACCAGCAACUGGGCCCUGAGGCCGAGCACUUCGUCAGAAGUCUCAUUUGCGACUCCGCAAACCGUUUAGGUCGUGUUGGAGGUGCGCAAGAGCUCAAAAACCACCCAUUCUUCCACGGUGUGAACUGGGAUGGUCUGCGCAAGAUCCGUGCUCCAUUCGAGCCCAAGCUGCAGAGCAACGUCGAUACCCAAUACUUCCCAAUUGACGAAAUUCCCCAGGUCGACAACUCGGCGCAGCUGCGUGCACAGACGGAUGCAAUGGGUACAGACGAUUCAACUUUGAGUCUGCCUUUCAUUGGGUACACUUACAAGCGUUUCGAUGCGUUCCGAGGAAGCUAG